GAGAAAAGUGGUGCGCAGAGCGGCUUUCUGCUCUUCCCAGGGUCGAAGCAGCAUCUGGCAGACAAAGAGAAUGGCAAUAAGAGCGCUUUGGACAACUGAGGAUAACAAGCAACAUUGAAUAGGAAAGCAAGUCAGUCCCGAAAUCAAAAUAUUUUCCAUUUUCUUCACCUUCCUCAGCAAGUGAGAGAGAAAUGAGAGAAAAUCAGGAAGAGAUUUCUAGCUCGGAAAAGAAGAGUGUGAAAUUCAAGCAUACAUUACAUGUAAAGUCAAGGGAGAUUAUUCUUCCAUUAGGUAAAAGACAGAAAUAUCUGGAAGUUACUGGGAGGAAAAGGUCAAUUGGAAAUCAACGUAGAGCAGACAGUCCUGAUUGUGAGAAAAUUGAAUGUCCUGAUUGUGAGAAAAGUUUCUCUCAGAAUUCCCAACUCAUGAGACAACAGAGGACUCACACGGGGGAGAAACCAUUUGAAUGUCCUGAUUGUGAGAAAAAAUUCACUACCAAUUCCAACCUUAUUAGCCACCAGAUGAUUCACACAGGUGAGAAACUCUGUAGAUGUCUUGAAUGUGGGAAUAGUUUUAGUCGGAAUUCUGACCUUGUUGCACACCAGAGGACUCACACAAGAGAGAAAACAUUUGAAUGUCCUGUUUGUGGGAAAAGUUUUAGCCGUAAUUCCAACCUGGUGAUACACCAGAGAACUCACACAGGAGAGAAACCCUUUGAAUGUCCUGAUUGUGAGAAAAGUUUUAGUCGUAAUUCCAACCUGGUGAUACACCAGAGAACUCACAAAGGAGAGAAACCCUUUGAAUGUCCUGAUUGUGAGAAAAGUUUCAGUACCAGUUCCAGCCUGGUGAAACACCAGAGGACUCACACAGAGGAGAAACCGUUUCAAUGUCCUGUUUGUGAGAAAAGUUUCAGUCAGAAUUCCCAUCUUAUUAGCCACCAGAAGAUUCAUACAGAAGAUAAACCAUUUGAAUGUUCUGAGUGUGGAAGACGUUUCAAUCUGUAUUCCAGCCUGGUGAAACACCAGAGGACUCAUACAGGAGAGAAACCUUUUGAAUGUCCUGACUGUGGAAGAAGUUUCAGUCGAAAUUCCCACCUUAUUAGCCACCAGAGGAUUCACACAGCAGAGAAACCCUUUGAAUGUUCUGAUUGUGGUAAAAGUUUCACUCAGAGGUCUCAUCUCAUGAUGCAUCAAAGGACUCACACAGGAGAGAAACCCUUCAAAUGUCCUGAUUGUGGGAGAAGUUUCAGUCAGAAUUCCAGCCUGGAGAGACACCAGAGGAUUCACACAGGAGAGAAACCCUUUGAAUGUCCUGAUUGUGAGAAAAGUUUCAGGACCAGUUCCAGCCUGGGGAAACACCAGAGGACUCACACAGGGGAGAAACCGUUUCAAUGUCCUGUUUGUGGGAAAAGUUUCAGUGAGAAUUUCAACCUAGUGAUACACCAGAGAACUCACACAGGAGAGAAACCCUUUGAAUGUCCUGAUUGUGGGAAAAGUUUCAGUACCAAUUCCAGCCUGGUGAAACACCAGAGGACUCACACAGGAGAGAAACCAUUUGAAUGUUCUGAGUGUGGAAGAUGUUUCAGUCAGAAUUCCAGCCUGGUGAAACAUCAGAGGACUCACACAGGAGAGAAACCAUUUGAAUGUUCUGAGUGUGGAAGAAGUUUCAGUCAGAAUUCCAGCCUAGAGAGACACCAGAAGACUCACACAGGAGAGAAACUAUGAGGGUCCAGACUGUGGGAAAGAUCUCAGCACUAGGUUUAACCUUCUAAAUCAUAUGCUUAUACACAUAGGGGAGAAACCAUUUAAGUGUCCCAAGUGUGGACGGUCCUUCAGGUAACAAUCCACUAUUAUUGCACACAGGAAAAUCCACAAGAGACCCAAAGUGAUGAGUGUAGAGAAGGCUUGAAUUUCAUUUCUAAUGUCCCGUUUUAAGUCCAGCUGAGAAACUGACUAUUUAAUUAGACUACAAAGAAUUUGUAAUGGUAUUGGGCUGAUUUUUUUUUAUUUAUUUUUUUGCAAAUAUGUAAUGAUAUUAGAUGGGAUGGGGAAAAAAAGAAAUUGCAACAUAUUAGUAUGAUAAUGGUUAUCUGGCCAUCAGCAGAAGUGGUUGUGGGAUAUUUAUUUUUGCAGAAAUUGUGCAAUUAUGUAAAAAUAUAUUGGGAGCAUUCUUUGCAUUUUUAUCAUGGGAGAUGAUAGAAAUGCCACAUAUAGAGUCCCAGCCUUUUUCUUCCUUGCCUGCCCCAAGAUUUUCAGCCUCAGAAUUCCCCAGCCAGCAUCUCUUGUGGAUUGGAGCACUCAGACUAUAGUUGGAGAUUGUGGUUCCUCGUAUAAGGAGAAAGCGAAAGAAGAGAAGUAGAGGAGUUUCAACUUUCAUUUUUUCCGAACAGUUCCAGGAAUUCAGUGCACUAAGCACGUCUGUUCAGAUUGUGUCAGGAAUGAGGCACACAAGUGGAAGAAACCAUAUGAAUAGCAAAUAUAUUGGGGAGUUUGGGGUAGUGACAAUCCCAGUGUAAAAUUUCAGAUGUAAAUGCCGUUGUGCCUUGCAGGUGACCUUCAAAGGUAUGGUAUGGGGAAAGUAGGAUACAUGGUUACUUUCAAAGACACUAUAUAAGAAAUGUUUUUUUGUUCGUUUGGGAGAAAAUUAGAGAACAGCAUUAUUUGAAGAUACCACUUUGGCUUUCAACAAUGGAAGCACUUGUUCAUCAAAAUCUAUAUAUAUAUAAAAGCAAAAAGCACUCACGCCAUAAUCAUGAAAUCUCCAGAACGUAAAAGCCUACAAACUUGAAAUUUGCCACGUAUGUUCCUCUUGGCUUCUAGGUGCUCAUUAAGAAAGGAUUUUUCGAAAUGAUCAUCAUAUCAUUAGUAUUUUCUAUAUUAUAACACACUGAUGCUAAUGAGUUAGAAGUUCUACUCCCCCUUCCAACUUGAAAAUAACUUUGGAGAGAAGGAGAUAGCAUAGGACAGGCUUCCUUCGGGUAAGGCUGAGGGAGAGAAGGCUAGAAAGCCUGAGGGAGAGAAGAGGUUUCAGGGAAUGUAGAUUUAAUAGCUGUAAGCUGAUGGAAGGUUGUAAGCGGAAGCAACUGAAGACACACCUUUUUAUUCGCGCGGGGCUGGCUUGAACUGAAUUUUAAUUUUUAAAUUUUGUAAAUUUUAUUAAUUUUAAAUGGGGUUUUUAGUUCAUGGCAUAUUUUAAUUUUUUCAGGCUAAUUUUAAAAUAAGUCUUUUAAAUUGUAUUUUAAUUUGUACAUUGUAUGUUUUAUCUUGCCUAUACACCGCCCUGAGUCCUUCGGGAGAAGGGCGGUAUAAAAAUCAAAUUAAUAAUAAUAAUAAUAAUAAUAAUAAUAAUAAUAAUAAUAAUAAUAAUAACUGAAAGCUGAUGCAAUGGGAAUGAUUCAUCAUUUGGAAUCGCUGGUUUAAAACUCUGAUGGGGUCCACACAAGACUGUUACCAUUUUAAGAGGUGUCUAUAUAGGUGACCAUUAGAGGGCAUCUCUCUCUCUUGUGUAUCUUAUUGCUCUCCUUGUGUUCGUAGCUGUAUGAUAAGGUAUCUACUAUGUAUAUGUAUGUAUAUAUUUAGUUGUAUAUAAACCACUGUUAAUUAUCUAAAGGCUGUGUGUUCUGUGUGCUGUGUUUUGCUCCUGGGUUUAUCUCAUAAUACUAGUCACAGCAAAACUCUGAUAAGGUGAUAGGAUAGGAGAUGUUUCUGUGUGGCAAGCUUGAGGGAGAGAAGGGGAGAGGAGAGGCUGACUGUAACUACUCAUUAAUUUUCAAGCUGUAAGGCACAUAGUUUCAUAGCGAAGCACAGAUAUCCAUCUAAUAUCACUAGUAUGGGAAAUAUCAUUAGAUAUAAAGACACUCUGAAUGAAACGGGUAAGUUCAAAAAUAAACAAGAAUUGAAAGCAAGGGAUUGGUGAGGUUUGCAAAUACAAUCUAGAUACGAAAAAGUGACUAAAUUAUAUGGUUCUUAUAUGGAUUUGACAGAAUUGGGUAAGAUAUUAACAGAACAGAAGAGAGGGUGAUAAAGGAACUAUAGCUAUUUAUUGGGUAUCAGAUUAGAAGAAGAACAAGUGAAGAAUGAUAGCAUGGGCAAAAAAAAAUUGGUUAUACAAUAGAAUUAGAAAAAUGGCAACAACUAUGGGAUAGAAACUACAAAUCAACGUCAACCGCAUAUAAAGAAAACUUAUAUAAGAAUUUUUGUAGAGGGCAUUUUCCACCAACAAGAUUGGCAAAGAUGUUUGAAGAUAAAUCAGCUAAAUGUUGGAAAUGUCCCCAGACACCUGGGUCUCAUUAUAUGUGGUGGAUAUGCACAGAAGGCAAAAAAUACUGGGCAGAAAUAUGUGAUUGGAGAAGAUGUUACAACAACAUAUUAAUUUGAAACCCGAAAUAUUUUUGUUGAGGAUUUUACCAGAAGCUUAUAGUAAAGAAAAUGUAAUAAUAACUGCAGCUAGAAUUAUAUUUGUACAAAAUUGGAAAAGUGAAGAAAUUCCUACAGAUGAGAAUGUGAUAGGAAAAUAUUUGAAUGUGCAGAAAUGAAUAGGUUAACACUUGCAAUUAAAGAGAAGGAACAAACUAAAUAAUAUUGUAUGGGAACUAUUUUACCGAUGAUUAGAGAAUAAAUAUGAAAGCUAGAAACAAAAGUAGAUUAGUGAAAUAUAUUAAUGAAUAUGGCUGUAAAUUUUGUUAUCACACAAGAUAUUUGUACCCUGUUUACACACUGUUUAAUGGAAGAUGGAUUGUUUGUAUUAAAAUAAAAUAAAAAAUUUAUUGGAAAAAAAAGUGGUGCUCCAUCAAUUGAGGCUUUUUAGAAGAGAUGAG